AUGGCGGUAUAUCUCAGAAACCGAAAAUUCUCACACUUGUUCCCUCUAACUCGCUUUCUGAACUCACCGAGAUGGAUCGAAACCAUAGCCUACGAAGAAGCGCGUGCUCACUCGGAAAAACCCUACACUUCCACGGCCGUAAUCAUCCAUGGCUUUCUGGGAUCCAACAGAAACUGGAGAUCGUUCUCUCGCAAUCUCUUGGCGACUCUCUCCGAUUCCUCUCCCUCUUCAAAUUGGAGGACGGUGUCGAUGGAUAUGAGGAAUCACGGGAAAUCGGCGGAGAGGAAACUGGAUCCGCCGCAUGAUUUGGUGAAUGCGGCUAAAGAUUUGGCGGAUUUGGUGAAGGCGGAAGGUUGGGAUUGGCCUGAGGUUGUUAUUGGGCACUCCAUGGGUGGAAAAGUGGCUCUGCAGUUUGCUCAUAGUUGCACUAGUGGUCAAUAUGGUGAUUCUGCUCAAUUGCCUAAACAGCUUUGGGUAUUGGAUUCAGUCCCUGGAGAAGUGAACACUGAAAACAAAAGCGAUGAAGUCCGCAAUGUUUUAAUGACUUUGGAAAGUUUACCGUCACAAAUCCCAUCUCGAAAGUGGCUUGUGAGUCAUCUGAUGGGACUUGGUUAUUCUAAAACAUUGGCAGACUGGAUAGGCACCAAUCUGAGAAAAGAGGGUGAUCAUGAGACAUGGAUAUUUGAUCUUAAAAGUGCUAAGGAGAUGUUUGAUUCUUACUGGGAAAAGUCCUAUUGGAAUCUAUUGGAGAACCCUCCAAAAGGUAUGGAAAUAGUAAUUGUGCGUGCCGAAAAGAGUGAUAGAUGGGACCAAGAGGCUAUCAAGCGGAUCCAAAAACUAGCUAGUCGAGGAGGAACCGAUUCUGUUGGAAAGGUUUCCUUCUGUGUUCUUCCAAAUGCUGGUCAUUGGGUUCAUGUUGACAACCCAAAGGGACUUCUUGAGAUUGUGGCUUCCAAGAUGGCAUCCCUUUAG